UCCUGUCAAGAAUCAAGUGUAAUAGAGACGAUAGAAAUAUAUCCCUUUAUUCGAUGAUUAUUUUUUUUUCUUUCAUGAUAAAUCAAUUUGCUCUUCGUUACUUUCUAUUUUUUUUUUAAGUAUUACAAACGAUAAACUACACUAUAUUAGUGCACUCGAUUGUUUGAUCCAAGACGAUGCUUAUAGACGUAAUGAUCAUAUUCAUCGAAUAGAAUUUCGAUGUGUAAUCGUUGGGACAGAAAUCAACGUCGGUAGAAAGUGGAAACAAUAAUAAUAUUUUACGUUCCACGAGGAGACAACGUGUAAAAGAAGAAUGGGCCUUGACGCAGAACUCACUGUCAUACUUCAUGAGAUCGUACAAUUUCUCGAAUUUCUUCGAGAAGCAAAUUUAUCGGGUACAAUGGAGACCAUACGAGAAAAUUUAUUGUUACGUUCAAAAAACGCCUUGAGUGUUUUCAUGGGAACCGAAGGUACAACAUCGUCGACCGAGCUCUAUCUCCGUAUGAACGCUAGCUCGAAGGGUUUAUUACCAUUGAAUAUUGGAGAAACGAAUGUAUCCGACAUGCAAGAGUACGUCGGUGCGGAGGAGACGAUAUCUCAGACUCAAAAACGUCCUACCUCUCAAAUUCAUCCUGAUUAUUAUGAAACAUUCCGAUCGAUGGCCGAGGAUGAUAAAAAGAAAGAACUUGAAGAAUCUCAAGAAAACGCGCUCAUUAAUAUUUAUUCCAGUUUAUCUGGCGCACAGGCAAAAAGCAAAUCUUUAAAAUGUGGACCAUUACUUCGCAAGGAAGGCAAAAAAUUAUUUGUUUUUGAACAAUAUCGAAUUAAUUGGGUCGCAUUGGUAGGAAGUCAUUUGUUGAUCUACGGAAACGAACGAGAUAAUAAGCCUUACAGUGUUCAAGGGAUUCGCGGUUAUUCUGGUCGACCAGCGCCUAAUAUUGUCCCACGUGAUCAAAGAAGAAGCGAAGCAGCAUUUGAAAUUUUCAAACCUGGUAAUAAAACAUUACAAUUUAUUGCAAGAACGCCAAAAGAUAUGGAACAAUGGGUUGCCAAGGUUUGUCAAGUUGGUUUUAACGAGAUCAAUCUUGAUCUUGGACUUAAUCCGAAAGAAGACGUAUCUUUGGUAUCUUCCUCUGGAAUAGUUGGAGAAACGGAAGAGAUUAUUACAAAAGAUCGUCUCGUAGAUUCGACGAAAUUACAAACGACCUUCUUAAACGUUAACGAGAACAAGACCAUUGAACCUGAUCAUGAAAGCAAAGUUCAAACGAGUGAGAAUACGAGUCCUCCUCCGUUACCAGCUCGUAUACCACGAAGACUUCCAUCGUUACCCUCGAGUGAUAUAAUCUCCUCGUAUGAAAUGAUGGACGACGAAGAAGAUGAUAUUUAUCACAAAAUAGAAGAUCUCGAAGGUGGUACGUUUUAUCAAAAUUUCAUAUCAAAGAAUCAAAAGGAGGCGACAGUCGUUGAAAAAUCGAAGAAAGUCACCACUGCUUACGACGACGUCCAAGCGAUUCUAGAGAAAAAUCGUAAACAUAUGAAAUCUAAAACGAAAGAGGAAAAUGUAUGUAAUACGAAGCAAAACGAAAUGAUACGUUUCGAUGAAACUUACGACGAUAUAAGCAGCUCUUCUGUUACAAAAGAGAAAAAGAAUUGUGAAUCUCUUCAAGAAGAAGUCAUCGACGUUAAUGAAUCACAAUCAUCAACAACAACGACUUUGGUAUCCUACGACGAUGUUGAGACUCUGGUAAAUGCGACAUCGCUUGGUAAUAAAGCGAAGGAUAAGAACGAAGAAGUACAAAAGAAAACGCCGAAUAAAAAAUCGUUUUUGGAUAGAAUGAGAAAUAAGAAAGAAUCGCCACAAAAAAAAGAGAAGAUAAUAGCCGCUCAACAGGAAACGUUGACGCCGCCUCCGCAAAUUAUUCAGAAAAAGGAAAUGACUACGUAUGACGAUGUGUCUGAUUUGAUUAUCAAAGAAACGUCCACGUCCAAUGAAACGCCCGAAUAUACUUGUCCGCCAGCACCGAGACCUGUAUAUGUUAAGCCACCAACAGUUAUCUUGCCUGUUGAGGAAGAAUUUUAUGACGAUGUUAACGGAUGUCAUGAGAAGAAAAAUCAACAAAUGCAAUCUAAUGUUCAAAAGAUUGAGAAAAGGAUAUCGGAUGAUUGUGAACAUUAUAAGUCACCGAGAAACGAUACGCCGCAACAACUUGGACCAUCUCAAACGGAAGAACAGAUUUAUGACGACGUAGCUAUUUUAGCAAAUUUCACGGCACGUCAGAAAGAAAUAUCAGAGGAGAACAAGGAUCAAGAUCUUUCGAGAGCAUCUUUUAGUCCAGAUAAAAGAUCAUGGAAUAGAUUUGUAACUAGCAGAAAGUAUAGAUCAUCAAGCGAUUCUAUCGGUUCUGUAACAAAUAAGAGAGUAUCCAACGAGAUUACGGAUCUUGAUUGUUACGAAGAGCAACAAAAUUUUUCUCGAAUGAAUACGUUUCAGAAAUUAAUUAAUAAAAUGGAAAAUUCACUUGGUAAAGUGUCUCCAAGGGCAGUACCAACGACAUCCAUGAACAAAACUUAUGGGUUAAAUACAUCCUCCUGAGAUGUAAAUGAUUGGAACAGAUUGUAAUAUGUUGAUAUUAUAUACGAAAUUUUAUUUUUU